AUGGCAACUCCGACUACUGGCGCGACUUUACUAUGCUCAGGUCAAGGUGACAUGGGCACAUUGGUUGGCAUCCUCUCGGCCCUCCAGCCGAUAUGGGCAACACUCUCAUCUCCCGAGUUGUGCCAGAUUCUGCAACAGCAGCUGCACCAUGGGGUGGAUGAAGUCAACUUGGGCUGUGACACCCGGGCAGCACUAGAGCAGUUCUUAGACUUGGCACAGAAGCUCGCUAUGGGCUAUCACCAUGACACUCUUCCGCCCUGGCCACCAAGGGGGCAUGACAACGACACAUUUACCCGUGCCCAGCGAGAGGAGCGGACACUAAACCAAAGAACAGCACCGAGCCCGGACCUGGCCAUGACAUAUGCACUGAUAGCAUGCCACACCAGGGUGUUGGAUGUAAUUGAUGCCAUAGUCAGAUUUGCCACAGCUUGUGCAGACAUGGCUCCCUUUCUGUCGCCGGGGUAUGAUCCAAAAUUCCAAGUCCCGGAGAUACGAAUUGGGGUAUUCUUGGCACCUAGAGCCGCUGCCGCUUCCAUCUUUCUGUCAGCAUUGGUGGAACUCCAAGUUGAUCUCGUCAGUAAAGCGCAAGAUGUAAGUAAGCGAUUUCAGGAGAUAUGUCGUGCAGAGCAAACGACAUCAAAGCAACUAGAGGUAUCGAUGUUGCAAUACGAGCUUCUCGUCGACCGUGCUCUCUCCUGUCUUGAGGAUACAAAGAGACUGAAAUCACACGUACUUCACAUUGGGCUUAAUUCUGCUUGA